UAGUGCCGAGCCUGUGCGCCCACGUUAAACGUUUACGUUUCUUUCCCGUAACGAUAGAGGUGAAAAAACGGAAAAUGAGCCUAUCAAAGGGUGAAUAUACACAAGAUGUUAUUACCAUUUAAACCUGUCUCAAAGGUGAAUUAUUAACAUAAAAAGAUAUCGAACUUUAUCAUCAAGUGCAAAACCGAAACGAAUCUGAAUAAACAAAAAUGACAGUCCGUUUUCCUGAAGUAAUAAGAAGCAGAUCGGAAGUGGAAGGCGGUUUGGCAGGACCAGCGAAUCCAAUACCUAGUCAAUCAAUCGAUUGCGGCUGCGGACAAAUGCAAUGUCCAAAGCUAGCGAAAUUUGCAACGCGAAAACUCUUCGUGGGACUGAUUUGUUGGAUCGGUGUAGUGCAAGCUGCAUCAUAUGCUUACUUUCACGUCACAGGGUCCACGAUAGCUAGAAGAUUUCAAAUCGAUCCGUAUAUAAUGGAUUGGAUUCUCGUUACAGCAGAAUUAACACCUAUUGUACUAGGAUUAGUGAUAGCAUAUUGGGGUGACAAAAUACACAGAGCUUCAUGGAUAGGAGCAUUGACUCUUUUACAAAGUGUCGCGCAUUUCGUUUUAAUAAUACCUCAUUUAACACAUCGCGUUCGUGUAAUCGAGGAAACGCAAAAUGUUACUCAUAUGUCAUUGUAUGCGGAUGAUAGUCCAGAAUUAUGUACUCCUGUAUUAUCGAGGAUCAUCUUAGAAGAAGAACCCUGCUAUAUUACUAUGGUUAUAAUAAUCCUAGUGUUAAUCGUAAGCGGAAUGUCAAAUAUCACAUAUUAUGCGCUAGGAAUUUCUUACUUAGAUGAUAAUACAAAAAGAAAGCAUGUGACCGGUUUCAUUGGUAUAAUAAUCGCUGUUAAAAUCACGGGGAUUGUUCUCGGGUACCUUUUGGGUUGGGGAUGCUUGCGGAUAGACGCGGAAGAUUUUAGUGUUGUGAAUUCAUAUCGAGAUCAAAUCGGAGCGUGGUGGCUUGGAUUCCCAAUUCUCUCCAUAUUAUUGGUGAUUCCUGGCUUGCUACUUUCAUGGUUCCCAAGAAGAUUACCUUCAGAAGUUGUCGAACAAGCCGCAGCUUCACUUCUUGAUCGAGCUGCGAUUCGUAAUCGAGCACCGCACAGAACAACCAGUCAAAAGGUCGGCAAUCCCGAUUUUUGGCCGUCAUUAUGCAGAUUGUUUACUAACAGAAUUUUAAUUUGCAACAUUCUGGCGACAGCAUUCAGUGCCAUGGCUCUUUUAAAUUUUAUGACGCUCGAGAAUAUCUUUUUAGAGUCCAGAUUUCUCAUACCUAGACCGACAGGAAUGCUCCGUGGAUUUGACGAUCCUCUGCCUUCCAGGCUAGUUACCAAUAUUGGAAGACCUAUUCUGAUUGGACUCGUUAUAAUCAUUAGUGGCUUAGUGUUAGCCAAGGCAAAGCCACGAGCGAGAUUUAUUAUUGGUUACAGUUUCAUUAUCGUGUUUCUGAUAAUUGCGAUUAUCAUCGGACUAAUCUUUGCUACUUGCGAUAAAUCGUCUGUCGUCAAUUUAGAAAAAAGCUCCGACACCUUGUUGAGAUAUUGCAACAAAGACUGUCGUUGCUCUAAGGACGCCGAUUUUCGACCGAUUUGCGAUAGUUCGGGAGAGUUUACGUAUUAUAAUCCUUGUUACGCCGGCUGCUCUACAAUCAUUUACGUCGACGACGUAAAGAUUUAUAGCGGUUGCAACUGCGUGGAGGAAAUGACAGAGUGGGGUAAUGACCAAGCGAAAGAUGGCCCGUGCGAUUCGAGUAAAUGUCAGGUUGGCUGGAUGGUAUUUGAGUUUGGAUCUUUAUUGGCGUAUACUUUAAUCGCUUCCACUUUUGUAGGAGAUAUAUUGGUCAAUAUAAGAUCUGUCUACAAACAAGAUAAAGCUAUCAGCAUAGGUUUCUGGAUGAUGUGGGUUGCAGUAUUUGUUUAUAUUCCUGGCAAAAUUGUUUAUGAAUUCGUCUCGAAUCAGAUGUGUCAAUAUUGGGGCAGUCAAAAGACAAUUUGUCAUUUACAUAAUUCCGAAAAACUCGGGGAUUACUUGUGUUAUUUGACAAUACUAUUUUUAUCACUUUGCAUUUUACUUAAAAUUGUUGUUUGGUUUUUCUGCAAGAAUUUACAGUUAUACGAAGAAGUUGAAACGAAAGAUCAAGAAAAUAUUGAGCUACAAGAAAUGUACGAACCAGCAUUAAUAACCGAGCUACUCGAAACGUCAAAUAACAAUAAUGAUGAAAUGAGAGAAGUGGAGGCAGUUGUUGAACCAGAGCUUGCAGAGACAAGAACAGCACCGGAGACAAUUCAAACAAAACCGGAGGAAAAUUCAGCGAAGAAAGAGGAAAAUACUCAAAAGAGCGCACCUGUGAAGUUGAACGGCAUGAUGGUUCCAUACAAUCGUCGACCGGAUUCAAAUCCUCCGACAAAUCACAAUUCGCAAUCAUCGAUCCGUAAUCUCGACUCUGAUGAUGAAUUAGACAGUUCGAGCGAUGAGAGUAAGAAACGAUCCAAUAUUCAAGUCGCUUAUACACCGUUGGAACUCGAUUCUGAUGUCGAGAGCGAUCUCGGCAGCGUUGGUCCUAGAUCAAGAAAGCGCAUUCCGAGCAAAGAUUACGAUCAAACUGAAGACGAGAAAGAUCACCCCUCAUCCAGAAAAUCAUCCCUAAAGCGCCAAUUUCCAAAUCCCGAUCAUUACGAAGAUCCACGAAGAAGUCGAAUUUCUAGAUUCAAGAAUCCGACUGGUUAUCAGGACGAUUCUUCGAAGACAAACAGUUCCAAGUUCGCGAAGAAGGGUCAAGAGAGCGAAGUACCUAAACAGGGAAACUUCAAUGAAGUUGGCAUACCGAUAGUGAAUCAGUUUCCAGACAGGAAAGGCAACUUGGGCAGUACCAAUACGGCGCACUUGAGUGACGUGAAGUCAUUGAUCGAUCGAUACGAGCAAAACGCGAGUCAGGAAACUCUAAACGAAGAUCGGUUAUCAGAGAAGUCGACAGAGGAUAUGAGAAGUAGACCAGAGAGCAAGAUAGGUAUACCUCUGGUAGCUAUGGUUCCCAGUAGGUCAUCCUCUCGAGGACAAUCCUCUUCAGGCUUUAGUAGCUUACCAGAUAUACAGGAUAAGAAUUCUGAUCCACGUUCGGAAAGACUUGAGACUCCCAGUCCGAAAAAUGUCGCUAAAGGUAGCAAAGUACCUCGUCAAACCGAUCUUUAGAAUUAGAGAUCUAAUCUAAACGUGAUAGAUAACGCAUAACAUGUGAAAAUCGUACGAUGCGGAGGAAUUUAUGGAGGAAUGAAUAUAUUCAUUUGUACAAUGGAAGCACUAUCACGAUAAAUUUAUAUCUGCUAGCGAUAAGAGGUCCCAAUUUCAAAAAUACAUAACACUACACAAUAUUAUCUCUGACACCUGUCACACUUAAGAUAUAAAAUCAUUGAUUUAACUUCGUGUUUUGAUAGAUGAACAGUAAAAUUUGACGUAUA